AUGCCAAACCCCGUGCCCUGCGAAGCCACCGACGAAUACAAGGCAGCGUUUGCAGCGAACCCAACGCUCGUCGUCCGUCGCGGCCUGCCCCGCCUUCCCGAGGACGAGCAGGGGCGGACGCGUCGUGGCAAGCGACCCAGCACCGGCGGCAGCGUGCAGAAGCGCAAGCGCGCGAAACGGGGCGGCGGCGAGGCUGAAGCUGAGGGCGGGGACAACAGCAAAGGCGAGGGCGAGAGUGGGGGCAACGGAAAUGAGGACGUCGAGGGCGGGGACGAGAGCGAGGGCGGCGAGGGCGAGGGUGGGGACGAGGGCGGGCAGUAA